AUGAACAACGGUGCUAGGAUUCACGGCAAGGUCGGUCCGGUUGAUAAGCGAAGAACACAUGAAUUCCGCACAAUCAAGAGCUCUGAGUUCUUUCAUGCUAUCAAGCAGCUUCCCGAGUUGACCCCAUCGAAGCAGCUAACCCACGAGGCCACAUUUCGCGAAGUUCAGGCAGAAUUCAAUCAAGUCAGAGCUGAUAUUGUGAGAAUCGACACCCUUGUCGAGAAAGAUAUCUCUCUCGAAAGAGCUCAAACCAGUCAAAUCGAGCUUCAACUGAAAUCUUCAGUAGGUCGCCUUAAUCACCAUUAUAAGAAAGUUGAGCGCAUACGCGAGAGGCGAGAAAGAACAGCUGAGGCAGAGCAACGGGAAUGCAUCGGCAUGAUUUCAGAGCUUGAAAAUACACAAGUGCUGCUACAAGAGCAAGUCGAGCUUGUUUUACAUAAAGUUGCGAAGAAAGAGAGCGAACUUCCCGUGAAACACAGACUUCUGAAUGAACUGUCUUUCAAUAAGCGACAUUAUCCACUGCUUCACGAACUGCUUGAAAGCAGAUUUGCAUCCGUCACCUCCUCAGAAAAUCCUGAGUCUCAAAAGGCUGAUAGCACAGUGCGACCGAAAAGCGAGGAUGACAAUAAUAACGGCAGAACUCACGCGGAUUCUAUCUCAGCAAAUUCACCGCCCAAAGAAUCCGAGCAACUCGGAUUCGCAUUUGGCGAGUCACGACAGUCAUCAACUCUGAGAAACGCCUUGAAGUCGGAAAUACCCCCUCCUAGUCUCAUAUCUGGGCUUUUUCGUUCAAAAUCUUCUGCAGCAUCGGCAAGUACCACUUUUCAUCAAGCGACUCGGUCCAACCCCAUAACAAGCAAUACGAGUGAAAGUGACACGUCAGAGAUUGUAUGA